AAGGUUUCAUCCCAACGUGGCAACGUGACCGUGUCACAAUGAACUUAAAGGUUUUACCAUUGGGACGCUUGAUGUAAUUAAAUCAAACGUUUUACCAUUGGAACGCUUGAUGUAAUUAAAUCAAACGUUUUACCAUUGGAAAGCUUGAUGUAAUUAAAUCAAACGUUUUAACAUUGGGACGCUUGAUGUAAUUAAAUCAAACGUUUUACCAUUGGGACGCUUGAUGUAAUUAAAUCAAACGUUUUGCCAUUGGACUUGAUGUAAUUAAGUCAUUAUUAUUUUCGGAUAUAAAGACUACGCUGUAUCAACAAAAAACGGAUUGCAACUUCCAAAAUACCCAGGAAGAAAAUUACAGACGGAGGCGCAACAACUUUCAAAUUUGUUCGACAUUUGAAGCUGCACAAAGAACGUUUUUCCUUUUUUAGAAGAGAGCGGGAGUGGAGAUGGCGCAAAAUUCUUCAAAUAGGUUGGUCCCUGGGAUCGGGCUGGCGAAUACAGUUCGCUUUGUGUGGAAGGACAAGGAGAUUGAGCCAUUCGGACGUGAAACAUUUGGAAGGACUAUCUUGAUGUGGAUCCUUAAACUGACAGGGAAGGAUGUGUUUUGCCUCCAAGGUUACCCGUUGGAGGGAACUUAUGAUGUGGCUUUACACUCAAAAGAAAAACACGAUGAGAUCCUGAAAAAGGUGCGAGAAGUGGGAGGUGCGAGGCCGAUGUGCCACUACGAGGUAACCAGCUUGGCAAAAAACAAUUUCAGGAUUGUAACUGUGAACAUUUCCAAUCCGUACGUCAAGGACAAGGAGGUGAGGGCCUUUCUGGGGAGAUACAUGGAUGACAUCUCCUCAGCAAGGCACCUCAAGGACUCCCUGGGUUUUUGGAAUGGGAGGAGAGACUUCCAGGCCCUCCUCAGGGAGGACCCAAAGGGACUGGGCGGCUACCUUCAUCCUCCAGCUAUGUUCUCCCUGGGGGCUGACAGGGGGACAUUGUUUUAUGCACGUCAGCCCCCGUUUUGUAGGAGUUGUAUGGCCUACGGCCACAUCCUAGCCUCGUGCAGCACAAGAAAGUGCAGAUUUUGUGGAUCUGGGGAGCACGAGGCAAAGGACUGUGACGAGCUCAAGGCGUGCCACGGGUGUGGCUCGUCAGCACACCUGUGGCAGGAAUGCCCGGCUCGUCAAAGGUCAUAUGUGUCUGCAGUUGGCGGGGGAGCAGGAGCGGGAGGAAGGGGAGGAGGCCCAGACCAAGAACCGAGAACAGGCCCAGAGAGGAUGGCCUCACGGAAGGAGGAGGAGCAAAGAGCGGCAGCAGGAGGAGAGGGGGACAGAGAAGGCACGGGAGCAGCAAAACCGGGAGGAGAGGAGGGAAAAGAGGUGGAAGGAAGCAAGGGAGUGGAGGAGCCAGAGAGAGCAGCAAUGGCGGGAGAGGUGGUGGAAAAGGAGUCGGUGGCAGGACCAGUGGAGGAGGAGAGAGUGGGGGGACAGCAAAAUGCCGAGUGUCCUCGUGGAAGUGAUGGGGGAAUGGUGGAGGAACUUGGUGGGGGUGGUGUCUUCCUGUUACCACCAUCGCAAAAGAAGAAAGGGAAGAGGAAGGGGCUCUCGACAGACAGCGAGAGGGAAGGGGGCAUGGAGGGGGUGGCCAAGCGAGUGAUUGGGGCGGGAGAAACUUCUGCGUCCUCGCUGGCUUCCCCAGCCCCUCAACUCCUGGAGUUCCUGUUUGGGGACAUGGGCUCCCCCACUCUCUACCCAACCAGAUACGGGGCUGGGGAAGUGGAGAAGUUUGGUGGUCAACCCAGGAUGCAGGGCACUCAGGAGCCAAACACCAUUCCUGCAUCCUGGAUUGGUGAGAUGGAGGAAGACGGGGGGACGUUGGGAGGAGAGACGGCGUCCCUGCCGGUGGAGAUGGAGCAGGAGAGCAUCGAGUGA